AUGGGAAGAUGGAUAGAAGGCAAAUGGGUGUGGGGUGACCUCGGUCUUCCCGAAAAUCUUUUGGCGGAAAGGGGUUUGGAGAGGAAUAAUUUGUUACUUCGGGAGUCUUUGUUGCACUCCGUAGGCCCGAAGGACUCCUUGGUGUCGGAUGAAGUGUGGUGGAAGGGGGAUGCGGAAGCGGAGUUCACGGUGGCAUCUUGCUACGAUUUUUAUGAAAGGUGUUUAAUACCUUUCGGUCCUUAUGGAAAGCAUGAUGAGGCCUUUCACUUUGUGUGGAAAGCGGAUGUCCCUUACAAUAUAAAAGCCUUUGGAUGGAGACUUCUCCUUGAUAGGCUUCCUACUAAAGAGUCUUUGGUUCGUAGAGGUAUCCCUUUAUCUUUUGAAAAUUCUCGUUGUACAUUGUGUGAUAUUGAGUUGAAAAUAGAAAGCAUUUCUUUUUUGGUUGUAAAGUGGUUAAAGAGAUUUGGAAUGAAAUAG